GAAAUAAAAGCAAAAACAAAAAGUAAAACUAAAACAACAACAAACAAUGUUUAAAUAAAAACAGGCCAUACAUUGUCUUUGGUUUUGGCCGCACAUAGAAACAAAGCAGAGCAGUGAAGUCAUCAACAACAAAUUACUGCCACACAAACAAGCAGCAAAAAACAAGAUAAAGAAAGCCAAACAAAGAGAGCAAAACUAUUGUGAGCUAAGGAGUGUGCCCAGUGCAAGUGCUUGAAGAAGCUGAUAUCGCGGGAGGUCGGCGUCCACGUCGUACCAUGGACGACUAUGACAUUGAUAUCGAUUUGAAUUUUAUGCAGCUAAGCCGGCAGCAAUUGCUCCAGCACUACACUGGCGCUGUACGCCAGCUACGCCGCUUGGCUGAGGCCAACUAUGGUGUGCGGCCGCUUAGCUUCGACAACUAUGUAAUCUUUCAGUAUUUCCAGCAGCGCAAUUGGCGACAGCUAAGCGAGAGUCCGAGUCCGGCACCGCUAUACAAUCCAACAACGCCGCUUAUGGGAUAUCUUAAGCUGGAGGUGCUGCACCAUUUGCUCGACCGUCGACGCCAAAUACUCUGCUGGUUGCUCUACUUGACACUCAUGUCGCUUUGCGUAGCAGCCUACCGCUAUGAGGCAACAACAAAUGGCGCCAACAAUGGACGCAUGGUGCAGUCGCUGAUGUAUCCGGGAAUGCGCAUGUGGCGGCGCAUGACCAUGCCGCUUAUACAACGCUUCCCGCGACUCACUGAGCUCUACGACGAGUCCUGCCUUAUGGGCAAUCCGUUCUUUCAAGUGGAAGAUCUCAGCUGCAGUCCCUGCGCACACGUCGAAAGCGUUUGGCUGGAGAGUGAGGAGUGCGCUCAAUUACACGCCGAUGCCUCCAAUUAUUCCAGUGCUGGCAAUCCAGAUGCAAGCAACAAUGAGCUCGGCACCCUAGCUGGCUACAAGCAGCUGGCGCUGUUGCAGCACUGUCGCAAGCCGUCAGAUCAUAUGCCUUAUACGUUCCGUAGCAAUCAGCAAGGUUUCGACUUAAGCGAUUUUUACAACAUCUACGCCAAGAACCUAAAGAUAUUUCAGCGUGAUGCAUAUCGGGUGCACUCGACCAAUCAAGACGUCAACAAUCUCGAGGAUCUCUUCGGUCAGUUCAACAGCAGUAGCGAUUCAUCCAACGCGCAUAAUCUUUGGCGUUGUAAUCGCAUGCUCCCCGUACGCUUGCUACGUCCAAUUUUUGCUCGCCCAUUGCGCCUGUCCAGCAUGGGUGUGGCCUUGGAACGUUACGUUGCCAUGGAUACAGCCAAGGCGCCCGCCUAUACGCUGCCCGAAACGGAAUGCCCCAAUGUCUAUGUGCAUCAGGCAGUCGGUACACGCUUCAUCAUCUUGCGCCCCACCAGUGAAUGCCGUCAACGUUGCCGCACGCUCUCGCUGCGUCUUGCGCCAUCCUUUGUGCUGAACUACAACUGGUUGUAUUGGAAGCCUAUUUCAGCGCCAGAUCCCAUAGCCGAGGGCAUAUCAAUUAGUCUUAUUGGCUCCUAUUGCUAAGCGCCAGGAGUCCUCUCAACAACAAGAUUGCCAAGGAUUACAAGGAUUUAUGCAUGUUACAUGUCUUUGCCGCUCAGUUUUUCUUUUUGGAACUAUAUGUUAUAACAAACAAGUAAUUAUAGUGAAAGUGAAAGAGAGAGACAGAUAGAGUAGGAGAGCUGUGUUAACCCAUUCAAAAUGGCAACUCUCGUUUAUUUUUCUAGUACACUAAGCCAACAUCCUUGAUUUUUAUGUCCCUAUAGUUGUUAAGUUAAGCCUAGUGCCACCGCCUCUAACUAUGACUUUGAUUUUAUGUGUUCAGUGUUCAUCAGAGCAAGAGUUUAAAAACUAACACUAACACAUUUGCGACCUUAGUUUCUUGCUCUCUGAUUUUUUUGUUUGUUUGUAACUAAUUGCAUUUAUACUCGGCUCCCAAGCUCACUUCAAUUUAUUUUAACUUGAUCAUCCCCACGAUUAAGUAGUAUUGCAAGAAUUUGGAAAUACUCUCCACGAAUAAGAUUCCAGAAACUCGGAUCGAAUUUUGAUGCCACUACCAAAUGUUUGAUUAUUCUCUAUGCAAAGGAUAAAUCUGUCACAAGUUGUGUAAAUGUAUAAAUUGUAUAUACUAUAAGCGUGUUUUAGUGCACGCCCUCUCCAUAUUUUUUAGUUUUACAUUUGCUAUGAACCCAUGAACUCCAAUAAAUUAAAGCAUUAAUACAA